AUGUCGGUAGAAGGACGUCUGUGUGGAGAGUUCUCAGUACGUUACUUCCCAUCGCCGGUAACGGCGUUACCAGACAAUCCAGUGGUGGGAGAACUACCUCGGUGCAGGAGUCUUGGCUUCCCGCCGCGUGCUUGCCACGGAGAAAAUCUAUGCGAUCCAGAUGUGGUGGCAUUGCUAGUUGCUUCGUCUGUCGUGAAGUUGAGAGAUUCGCGUCGACCUGGCGAUCACACAGUAGACGGACGUUGCUGUGUUCGUGGGGGUCAUUUGAACAUGGCCGAGUCACUGCCGGUCACGGCGUUUGGAUCCGCCUGCCGUGCGCAUCGGUCGGUGUCAAGGUCGUGCUUGAAGGCCAGCCUGACCACAUCGGCGAAUUCGUGCAAAUUGUGA